AUGGAGUGUGAAUAUGUAAGUUAAUAAAUUUUUUUUAUUUUAAUGAGGAUAUUCAGAAUAUAACAUCAAUAAUUACAUAUUUUCUAAAGAUAAACAACAGAUUUUAUGCUAAAAAAAUACACGCAUCUUGUGUAUAUAUUCAUCAACAUUAAUUGUAGCAUUUAUUAAUCUCAACAUAUUGUAUAAACAAUGGCAAGGGUUAUCUGCAGUAACUUAUAUUUUAUAAUAUUAUCAUGCAGUAUAUUAGAAGACGCAAUCGUAAUAAAUAUCAGACAAAUUGUUUCAAGUACAUUUAUACGAAUUAUUCAAGUCAUCAAGAAUAAUCGCAUAUAAAUUCAAUUACGUAAUUAUUAUCUUGAAAACAAAUAGUAGAAUAUUUAAAAAAAAUUAAGAUCUGUUAGCUAAGAUAAUGGAAACAAUCGCCAAAAAAGAGGACGUGCAGCUGAUAAGCCAUACAAAAGAUUUUAAAUUAAACCCGCCACAAUGUAGCGAAUCAUUGUUGUCUCCCUCUCACUCUAAUUCGAUCGAGCAAGUGGAAGUGAAGGUGAAAAUCUGUGAUAGUUCAGUAAUUGAAGAAAAAGAAAUGGGUUCUGAAGAAAUAAUGGAGAAAUCAAACCAAAAAGGUGGUGCGGAUAAAGAGAAAAAAUUCAAGAAGGGUCCUCGACCGACACCUCCUCCUGGUUUAAAAGAUGACUUGACUACAAUUUCACAUAUUUGUGUUAUCUUAUUUGUCGGACUUAUUUUGUAUGCAUGUUUUUCACGUCCCUUUGAUUUUUUCACAUGGCACCCGUUUUUACUUUCUUUGGGGUGGAUGUUCUUAAUGACUGAAGGAGUUUUGUUUAUUUCAAAAGAAAAUCCAGUAGGUAGACGAUUGAAAUUAGAUCGUACUUUAAAACUUCGUUACCAUUGGAUAGCCAUAGUUAUAAGUAUGAUAUUAGUAGCCAUUGGAUUUAUAAUAGCAGUUAAAACUAAAAAUGAUAGAGGUAAAGAGCAUUUCAAAUCAUUACAUGCUAUUUUCGGUCUUAUUGCUGUAUUAGGAUGUAUACCUUCUGCUAUCAAUGGUACUACUUCUUUGUUUGAUGUCGAACUUAAACAAUACAUCAAACCGUCCUUAAAUACUGCCAUACAUGUUGCUAGUGGUAGUGUUGUAGUCACUUUUGGAGGACUGUCUCUUAUUAUGAGCGUAUACACAAAUUGGUUUAAGAGAAAUACUGAUAAUAACAAAUAUUUGUUCAUGUUAGGUUUAGUUACCGCUAUUUAUGUUACCAUAUGGACCUCGCAAAGACCAUGGCGCAAGACAUUGAGAAAAUUCUUUCAUAUUGAUAUAUAACCAUUAUUAUUAGGAACAGAAGAGCAGCCAAAUGUGAUUGUAUUUGUAGAUUUUAUUGUUUUGCACGCUUCAACAGAACAGAAUUUUCACAAAUUUUAUUCAGUAUUCAACAUUUAAAUUUAAGUAUCCAUUUUCUAUUAUGUUUAAAUUUAUACAAAUAAAUAUUUCUUUUUUAAUUAUACGUUUUUUAUAGCUUACAACUUACAUUUCAUUUAAAAUAUGAGCAAUGAAUAGUUUUUAAUUGAAUUUUAUAUAUUUGCUGUCUCAUCAAUACCGAAAAACUUCCAAAUAAAUCUCUAUUUUUUAUAUACUAUAA